AAUCGGUCAAAUUAGUGGUUUAAACAUAUUUAAAUAUUAUAUAAAUUACCUUUUCUCUCUCUAUGAUUAGGGUUUUUCUCUCCCCGACGGUUGGAGUGUUUUUCCGGAUCUAAUUUUCGAUUCUCAUCCAAAUACUUGUUCUCGCAAUUCGAAUUCGUCAUCAGACAUGGAGGAUCAGAGUGUGCAUAGUCUGGAUGCUGCGAUUACCAAUUUGGCAAUAUCGGAGGAAGAGGAAGGUCUCUCUUUUGCCCUAGAAGGUGGUCUACAAAUUCCGGUGGACGAUUUCCGCACAUGGACAGUGGUAGGGUGUUUUCUCACUAAUAAACCAAUCAAAUUUGACAUCAUGCAACAAGUUCUUGCUUCGGUUUGGAGGCCUGCUAUGGGGGUGCGAUUCAGGCAGGGCGAGGGUGGAUUAUUUUGGUUUUACUUCUACCAUGAGAAGGAUGCAAAACGCAUCAUUGAGGAGGGGCCAUGGUCAUUUGAGAACAAUAUGCUGCUUUGCCGACUUGUGGAACCUGGGGAGACGAUUAAGGCGGCAGAUCUUUAUUUGCUGGAGCUAUGGGUUCAGGUGCAUGAUCUUCCUCCUGGGUAUACGUCUCCGGCAGUCCUUGAGGCGGUGGGUAAGUUUUUGGGCCAAUUUCGCAGGAUUGAUGUUGCUAAUGUUUCAAAAGCAUACCAAGGAUUCUUUCGAGUGCGUGUGGCUAUUGACGUUCAUAAACCGUUGAAGCGAAGGAUGAAGUUAACCAAGAGAUAUGGCUCUAUACACUGUCGGAUGGCGCUCCUUUCUUCCUUGGAGCCAGAGAAUUAUCCAUAUGAUGAGUCACUUAAGGCAGGAGGUAGGAAGCCACUAUUAACUAUUGGUGAGCCAUGGAUUAGACACGUAGAACCGAUUGAAGUGAGACGGCUCGUUGAUGCACGAUCAGAUGGGGAAGGAUCCAAGCAGGAUGAAGACUUAGCAUUUGCCUUGGUGACUAAACGCAAAAGAGGCCCGCCAGGAGCAAUGAGUCUUAUCAGUUGGAACUGCCGUGGGUUGGGCAACCGACGAACAGUUCAAGAAGUGGCAGAGCUUGCAGCCGUCAAAAAGCUCGAGUUUAUUUUUCUUAUGGAAACGAAAUGUGCGAGGAGUAAGGCAGAAGAGUUGCGGUUGAAGCUGGGGUUUGAGGGCCUUUUUUAUGUGGAUAAUGUGGGUUUGAGUGGUGGGCUUGCACUGCUUUGGAAGGAAAAGAAUUCUGCAAAUUUGAUUAGUUAUUCCCGAUUUCACGUGGACAUUGCUGUUUCUUUAAGGAACCUACCAAUGUGGAGACUUACUGGUUUUUAUGGGAACCCCCGGAGGGAUGGGAGACAGGCACCAUGGGAUCUACUUCGGUCCCUUAAGCAUAAGUCGGAAUUGCCAUGGGUUGUUGUGGGUGAUUUUAAUGAUUUGUGUGCUACAAGAGAAAAGAAAGGAGGCAAUCCUCAUCCUCACGCGCUCAUUUCAGGCUUUAACGCAGUUCUCUCUGAUUGUGGCUUAUUUGAUUUGGGCAUGAGGGGUUACCCCUUCACAUGGGAGAGGGGCAGGGGCUCUCCUAACUGGAUAGAGGAACGUCUUGACAGAGCAGUGGCCUCGGGCUCUUGGAAGGAGUUGUUUGAUAGAGCUUGUGUUUUCAACCAACACAUGCAUCGUUCAGACCAUUCGGCUUUGUUUCUGAGCCUUGCAGGGCCGACACUUCAUAGUCGUGAGCGUCGUUUCCGAUUUGAAAAUGCAUGGCUUAAGGAUGAGGGCUUUAAGGAGGUUCUUAUAUCUGCAUGGGGGGAAUCUAGUGAGAAGCCUUUUUCUGAGAGACUGGAUUUCUGUGGUCGAAGGUUUCUUCAGUGGGGAGGUGAUAAAUUUCAGAAAUUUGGCAAGCGAACUAAAGAGUUGCGUGACUUAAUCCAGAAGGUACGUGGGCGUCGGGAUGAAGAGGGACGUCGUUUUCUUAGUAAAGCAGAUGCAGAGCUCUCCACGUUGCUUGAUCAGGAAGAUGUGUACUGGCGAUAACGGGCGAAGCAGCACUGGCUUUAUGCGGCAGACAGAAACACUCGGUUUUUCCAUCAAUAUGCCUCUUAUCGCAAGAAGAAAAAUCACAUUCAUGG